CGAACCGAGCGCAUCCCGCAUCCUCGACGCGAAGGCAUCCGAAUAUGUGAGACGCUGCAAUGCCCGCCCAGAAGCCUCGGAAGCCUCGUCCCUCACGUGCGCGUGGACUGCGGACCACCACAGGUUGCUUAACAUGCCGCAAAAGGCGAGUAAAGUGUGAUGAGUGUAAGCCUCGUUGCGGACAGUGCCUCAAGAGCGACAGAGAGUGCACUUAUCCACAGGCUACAGACGAUGGGGCAGCCACUACUGGGUCAAGUGGCCAAGAGGCUACCACAUCUCCAGCCCAACCCAGGGGCUCAAUAGUUGUGGAUUCUCCUGCCACCCGCAAGUCAAUCGGCGAUGCCGACAUGUCGGCGCUUGGGGAAUCCCCUGAAUUACGGUUUGAUUUGUCGCCGCUGGCAUUGUCGACUUCUCUCCCGUCACCAAAUUCAGCACCGUUCGAAUGGUACGACCUUCUAGCCGAGGAUGCCAUCAACAACAUCCAGAAACACAACCUAGGCUUCGCCGAGAUCUCCCUUUCGAGGAGGCAAAGUCCAGUCCCCGAGACCGAAGACGAAAUUGAUCCUCAACUCCAGGCAACUGGACAGAGUCGUCCUACUGACGCCGCCUUCGAAGCAUGGAAGUCUCCAAACAUCAUUGCAUUAAGCGAUGACGAACUCGGCUUCUUCCAUCACUAUAUAAAUGUCCUCGCACCAAUUCUGGAUCUCUUCGAUCCGCGAAGGUAUUUCGCAAACCUGGUCCCGAAGCUUGCAGUUCAUAAUGUCGGCUUGUUGAAGUCACUACUCGCGGUCGCGGCUCGCCAUAUGGCACUACUUUCAGAUCACCAAACGGCACAAAAUGCUUUAAACGUCCAGACGCCAGUAUCACAUUCCAGUCUCCAAGAUACAAAUAGCCUUAACAACCACAAUCCAUUCCUCGAAGUCGCCACGCAAUACUAUUACGAGACUUUGCAGUAUCUAUCCCAGAAUCUAUUAUACCCAUCAUACACGAAAUCGACAGAAAUCAUAUCGACUGCCAUCUUGAUCUCCACAUAUGAGAUGUUCGAUGCAUCUGGGAGAUAUAGCGACGGUGGAUGGGAGCGGCACUUGCGAGGUAUCUUCUGGAUCCAAAGAUCACAAGACAACAACGGAGAGACGAAAGACGGGCUCCGCAGGGCUGCCUGGUGGAUGUGGUUGCGGCAAGAUAUAUGGGUCGCAUUCCGGGAAUCUCGACGCGUUCUCACCAUCUGGAGGCCAACUAGAAGACUCGUGGACCUCACACCUGACGAACUAACCACACGUAUCGUCUACAUCUGUGCGCGAUGCGUCGACUACGCCGCCAACGAGAAGCAUUACGAUAUGAAUAUCAGGAUCGACCAGGGCGAUAAACUGCUGCAGGCCCUCGAUGAUUGGCAUAGGAUUCUGCCACCAUCUUUCCAGCCUAUAUACGCACAUUCGACUCCUCAACCAGGACUAUUCACCCCCAUAUGGAUCCACCCGCCUUCGUACGCGGCAGCCAUCCAGAUGUUUCAUUUCGCCCGUAUUGUCGUCCUCAUUAACCAACCGUCGCUCGGUGGGAUGAGCGAGUUUAGUCGGCGGCAACGAUUGCUCGACGAAAGCGUCGAAACGAUAUGCGGGAUUGCACUGAUGCAUCAGGGCAACGAUUUGCCAAGCGCGUUCGUCAAUUACCAGGCUCUAUACGCAGCAGGACUUUGCGUUCAAACGCCGGUCAAACAAAACGCUGUCCUACAGCUUCUGGAGAAGACUCUGGAGAUCACAAAGUUCCCGCCAAAGACACUGCUCGACGAUCUCAAGAGGUAUUGGAGAGCGGAACCUUGAAUAGAUUGAAACGAGAUGGAAGAAAUGUAAUGUAGCUGGGACAUGUUUUCGAGCGCCACCGCCUAGAGCCUAUCUAAGCUUUAUGGACACUUAACAAAAUCUGCAACACAAAAGCGUCGAGUCUGUCCACGCCUUUCGGAUAUUGACCAGCGCAUCCGUCUAGUCAC